AUAGCUAAUCCUGUUGGCUAAGCUUCUUAUGACUAUGGUUGUAUAUAUACAUGCCUGUAUCUUUAUUUCAAGUAGCAGAGAAUUGCAACUGAGAGCACGUUUUGAUUUGAAAUGAGUAGCUAUGAGCAUAACCAGCAACCUCAAGGUAUUCCUGAGGGUGGCGGCGGAGCUGGUAAGGAGUAUGUAACUCCAACACCAUUACCACCACCACCAGCGGCAGUGGGUUAUCCUGUGAAAGAUGGCUAUGAAGCAAGUGAUCAGAAUGCUCCUCCUCAUGAAACACAGUCUAGGGGUGAUGGGUUUUGGAGAGGAUGUUGUGCUGGCCUCUGUUGCUGUUGCCUCUUGGAUAUAUGCUUCUAAAGCGUGCUUGAAGAUGGUCUCCAUAUGUAUGAUAUAGUCUCCUCUAUAUUAAUAGUGUAAUGUAAUGCACAUAUAUUUACUUUGUUCUUGGUUGCAUUAGUAUCUUUAUGCUGUUGUAUUUGUACAAACUACAAACUCCUUUAUACUUUUAUUUAAUAUAUAUAUAUAUAUAUAU